AUGCCAGCUCCAUACCAACCAGGUUCCGCUAAGAAAGGUGCUACUCUUUUCAAGACUAGAUGUUUGCAAUGUCACACUGUUGAAAAAGGUGGUCCACACAAGGUUGGUCCAAAUCUACAUGGCGUUUUCGGUCGUCACUCUGGUCAAGCUGAAGGCUAUUCUUACACCGAUGCUAACAUUAAGAAAAACAUCAUGUGGGAUGAGCAGAACAUGGCUGACUACUUGGAGAACCCAAAGAAAUACAUCCCAGGUACCAAGAUGGCUUUCGGUGGUUUGAAGAAGGAGAAGGACAGAAACGACUUGGUUACUUACUUGGCUAAGGCUACCAAGGAGUAA